CACGUGAUUCUCAGCUUUCAGUCCGACACCCUGCUCCUCCGCAGCUAUUACAUGCUUUUGUCACCUACUGCCCCUGCUUUCUUCCACAAGCUUAUUGCUUUUCUUCAAUUCAAAGAGAAAGAGCUUAGAAUUACUUCUCCAAGCAAUAAUGUCAAUGCUGAACAGAAGACAACAACAACCCCCACUUCUUCAAACCUGCUCCAUUUUCUUUCUCUUAUCAUGUAGUUUACUUGUUUAUCCGGAAGCUUCAAAACUGCAUUUGGCUUCCCCUGAAGCUAAAGCUCUUCUGGGUUUUCAGUCUAAAGCUGAUUUGAGAAACCACCUUGGGUUCUCUCAAAACGCAACCCUUCACUUUUGUGAAUGGAAAGGAGUCACUUGUUACCAGCAAACAGUGGUGCGUCUCAUUAUAGAAGAUCUCCAUCUUGGUGGCAUUUUUGCUCCCGAUACAUUGUCUCACCUUGACCAGCUCCGAGUCUUGAGUCUUCAAAACAACUCCCUCUCUGGUCCAAUCCCUGAUCUCUCUUCCCUUAUCAACCUUAAAGCCCUCUUCCUUGAUCAUAACUUCUUCACGGGUUCUUUUCCUUCUUCAAUCCUUUCCUUUCACAGAAUUAGAACCCUUGAUUUAUCUUAUAACAAUCUCACUGGCUCUAUACCAACCUCAUUAGCUUCUCUAGAUCGAUUAUACUGUCUACGACUGGAUUGGAACCGCUUUAAUGGAACCAUUCCUCCAUUCAACCAGUCUUCCCUUGAAACCUUUAACAUUUCAGGCAACAAUCUUACUGGUGCCAUCCCAGUAACCCCAACCUUGUUACGAUUUGGUUUCUCUUCUUUUUCAUGGAACCCUGGUCUUUGUGGGGAGAUUAUUCACAAAGAAUGUCAUCCAAGGCCCCCCUUAUUUGCGCCGCCGCCUACUGUGACUCUUGGUCAAAGUGCACAAGUUCAUGGGAUGGAGUUGGCUGAACCCAGUUCAAAGAAGCACAAGAGAACUGCGGUGAUAAUAGGGUUUUCUACUGGGUUCUUUGUUCUCGUCGGUUCACUACUCUGUUUUGUGAUGGCAGUUCGGAAGCAGAAAGAUGAAAAGCAAUCAACGGCGGUGAUUGAGUGUGAUGAUGCGGCGGCUGCGGCGGCUAUUCAAAUGGAGCAAGAGAAUGAGUUGGAAGAGAAAGUGAAGAGAGUGCAAGGAAUGCAAGUUGGGAAGAGCGGGAGCUUGGCAUUCUGUGCGGGUGAGGCGCAGUUGUAUACACUGGACCAGCUGAUGAGAGCGUCGGCGGAGUUGCUUGGGCGGGGAACCAUGGGGGCAACGUAUAAAGCAGUGCUUGACAAUCGCCUGAUCGUGACGGUCAAGCGGCUUGAUUAUGUGAAAUUAGCAGGCACAACCAACGAAGAAGCAUUUGAACAACACAUGGAAUCGGUUGGUGGGUUAAGGCAUCCCAAUUUGGUGCCUUUGAGGGCUUAUUUCCAGGCCAGAGAAGAAAGACUUCUUAUCUAUGAUUAUCAACCCAAUGGCAGUCUUUUCUCCCUCAUUCACGGAUCGAAAUCAACAAGGGCUAAGCCACUCCACUGGACCUCGUGCUUGAAAAUAGCAGAGGACGUUGCACAAGGUCUCGCCUACAUCCACCAAGCAUGGAGACUGGUCCAUGGCAAUCUCAAGUCCUCUAACGUUCUGCUCGGCCCUGAUUUCGAGGCCUGUUUAACGGACUACUCUCUGGCAGCCCUACUCACAUCCACACACGAUGAAGACCCCGACUCAAUGGCGUGUAAGCCACCCGAAACACGGCAUUCAAUUCACCAGGCGACAUCGAAAUCCGACGUGUAUGCAUUUGGGGUUUUGUUGUUAGAGCUUCUGACAGGGAAACCUCCUUCAAAGCACCCCGUAGUGGCAUCAAAUGAGAUGAUGCAUUGGCUUAGAUCUUGUAGGGAAGGCGAUGGAGGGGAGGGUGAGAGACUAGGGAUGCUUCUUGAAGUGGCCAUUGCUUGUGGUUCGAGUUGUAGUGAACAAAGGCCCACAAUGUGGCAAGUUCUGAAGAUGUUACAGGAGAUUAAAGAAGCUGUAGUAAAGGAGGAUGGUGGAUUGGACCCACGUUCUGGGAUGUCUUAAUUAUUUCAUGAUCGUACCAUUUGAUUGUAGAACGUUAGUUUCAGUAUUAUCUUAUGUAUAGGAAAAAAUAAAAUAAAAAUAAAUUUAUACUUAAGAUGUAACAA